CACCCCGCACACACUCACUCUCGCUGGAUUCUUUCUGUGGUCAUUGCGUUACUUUGCCUUCGUCUUCUCGACGACAGACUGUUACAACCACAUCCUUGUCGCUCUCACCAAUUCCAAUCAUGCCUUCGGUGACGUACAGUAGUACCCGCGGCGGUCAAACGAACCUCGCCUUUCGGGAUGUGGUAAUGCAGGGUUUGGCGCACGAUCGGGGCUUGUUCGUCCCGGACCGUCUACCGACGGUGAGCACGACGGAACUGGAAUCCUGGCGAUCUCUGUCGUACGCCGAAUUAGCGGUCAACGUCAUUGCCAAGUUCGUCGGCGACGAUCAGGUGCCCUUGCCCAAUUUACGGGAUAUUGUCACCCGGUCGUGUGCAGCCUUUCGCGACGCACAAGUCACGCCCCUCGUUCACGUCGGGGGACAUUACGUGUUGGAGCUAUUUCACGGACCCACCUUUGCUUUCAAAGACGUGGCUUUGCAAAUGCUCGGCAACUUUUUCGAAUACUUUUUGAGUACGGGCAGUAACGGGGGUCGCCUCGCCGUGUUGGGCGCCACGUCCGGGGAUACCGGUUCGGCCGCCAUUGCCGGAUUGCGCGGCAAAAAGGGCAUCACUUGCGUCAUUUUGUUCCCCAACGGACGCGUCUCGGCCAUACAGGAACGACAAAUGACCACCGUGCCGGACGAGAACGUGCACUGUGUCGCUAUCGACGGCACCUUUGAUGAUUGUCAAGAUAUCGUCAAGGCGAGUUUCAACACACCGGCCUUUCGGGACAAGGUGCACCUGGGAGCGGUCAAUUCCAUUAAUUGGUGUCGUGUUUUGGCGCAGACGACCUAUUACUACUGGAGUUACUUGCGUGUGACGGACGCCCACAAGGACAUCCCGGAAGUCCAUUUUUCCGUCCCGACGGGAAACUUUGGGGACGUUCUGGCCGGUUACUACGCCAAGCAAAUGGGUCUGCCCGUAGGCAAAUUGAUCGUCGCCACCAACGAAAACGACAUUCUGCAUCGCUUCUUUACCGCCGGCGAGUACCACCGCGAAUCGAUUGCGGAGACGAUCUCACCCAGCAUGGAUAUUUGCGUCAGCAGCAACUUUGAACGCUACCUGUUCCACUUGGCCGGCAACGACGCGAGCAUGCUGAGCGCGUGGAUGCAAGCCUUUGAAAAGACGGGCCAACUGACCAUUCAAGGUGACCUGUUGCGGCAGGCCCAGGCCGACUUUGAUUCUUGUCGUGGCGAUACGUCGCAGACUCUCGCCACGAUUGAAACUUACCACCAGAAGCAUCAGUACGUCUUGUGUCCGCAUUCCGCGGUGGGUGUGUACGCUAUCCACCAGUUGUCCCUGGUUUCGUCGGCCACGGUCUGUUUGGCCACGGCCCACGAAGCCAAAUUCCCCGCCGCCGUGGCUCAGGUCGUGGAACCAAUGCCACCCCCACCGACCGAACUCGCUGUUCUCCGGGACUUGCCCACCCGUCGCGUCGAAUUACCGAACGACCUGGCCACGGUACAAGCCUUUGUGGAAGAGUGCGUCUUUUCUCGGCCACGCAAAUGGCAAGCGGUGGCGAAACAUUUGGCCGCGGUGACCGUGGCGGUGGGUGUUGCCGCCGUGGCGUUGCAAGCCAUGACCCGGCGACGAUAA